AUUCGGUUUCAAACUCUGAUAUCUUAACCAUGCCUGAGCCAGCCAAGGCCGCGCCCAAGAAGGGCUCCAAGAAAGCCGUGACCAAGACCGCCGGCAAAGGAGGAAAGAAACGCAAGAGGACCAGGAAGGAGAGCUACGCCAUCUACGUCUACAAAGUGCUGAAGCAGGUCCACCCCGACACUGGAAUCUCCUCCAAGGCGAUGGGCAUCAUGAACUCGUUCGUCAACGACAUCUUCGAGCGCAUCGCCGGUGAGGCGUCUCGUCUGGCUCACUACAACAAGCGCUCCACUAUCUCAUCUAGGGAGAUCCAGACCGCCGUGCGUCUGUUGCUGCCUGGAGAGCUGGCCAAACACGCCGUGUCCGAGGGCACAAAGGCCGUCACCAAGUACACCAGCUCCAAGUAAAGCGUUGAAUUUCAUUCAGCUACCCCAAAGGCUCUUUUAAGAGCCACCCAUACUAUCUGUUAAAGAGCAUUCUGCGUCUUGAUAUAUAUUUUUUCAAGUAACCUUGUUAAUGACGUUUAUCUGAAAGGUGAAGUAGCUAUGUUUAAUUAAAGCAGGAUUGUUUUGUGACUAUUCUACAGUGCAACAAUCACAGCAGGAUAAAAAAAUAAUUAAAA